CGUGCCCCUCAACACUGUCGCAAAACGUGCAGAAGCGCGACGUUUUCUGUCACAACAGUUAAUGGUUUACGGCACUUGCCCCUCACUGCGCUUGUGGUGGAGGAAAGAGGACGUUAUGCGAGCUUACUUUGGGGAGUGUUUCUUUUGCAAGUAACUGCUGCUGUCACUCGGCUUGCUUUGAGGAUGGAUCCAGUGGUGUUGAGCUACCAGGACAGUCUGCUGCGGCGCUCAGAUGUGGCGCUUUUAAACGGACCGCACUGGCUCAACGAUCAGGUCAUAGGAUUCGCCUUCGAGUACUUCACAACGGAGCGCUUCAAAAGUCUGGGCGAGAAGGUCUGUUUCAUCAGCCCUGAAGUCGCCCAGUUCAUCAAGUACGCCUCGUGUCAAGAGGAGCUCGCCAUUUUCCUGGAGCCGCUGAGUCUCGUGUCCCGCCGGUGGGUUUUUUUGGCCGUCAAUGACAACGCUAACCAAACGGCCGGCGGCUCCCAUUGGAGCUUGCUCGUCUAUCGGCGAGACACCAGUCAGUUCACCCACUACGACUCCCAGAGCGGAGGCAACUCAUUGCACGCCCGUCGUAUUGCAGCCAAGUUGGAGGCUUUUCUAGGAGCUGGGGCGAAAGUGCCUUUCGUGGAGGAGCAGUGCCCCUCGCAGCAGAACAGCUAUGACUGCGGCAUGUAUGUGAUCUGUAACGCCGAGGCUCUGUGCGAGAGCGCGAGAGUCGAAGGCUGCCCACACCUGCCCGCUCAGAUCAUAACACCCACCUACAUCACACGCAAACGGACAGAAUGGUAUUCGCUAAUACAGAGACUCGCCAAGGAAUGACUAGUUGACCUCUUACUUCAGUGUCGUGUUCACGUGAACUGGGAAAAGUAAACACACACAUAUUUAUCAUACUCAAUCCUGCACGAAACAAACUGCAUGCACUUGUUUGUCAAACUCUUAAAGGAACAGUUCACCAGAAAAUGAAAAUUCAUGUUACUCGCUUUCAUCACUGAAAAUGAGACGUGAUAUCCACAAUCUUCGUGAAAGUAAAUGGGGACCAAUCUGUCAAGCUCCAAAACUGACAAAAAGGCAGCAUUAAAGUAUAUAAAAGUAGUUGGUUUGUCCAUAUUUAGAGUAAUACGAUGGCUUUGUGUGGGAAAAAGACAGAAAUUUAAGAAGUUAUUACCCUCCACCGUAGCUCUCAAAUGCAAGGCACAUCAUGUCAGUGAAUGAAUGUGAGCGUCUUAAUCGUUUUGAUCCAACUUUGAAUUUGUGGAAGUGCGAAAGGGAUUUGAGAGGGAAGAUUUUCACUGAAUAAAGAGUUAAAUUUCUUCUGUUUUUCACACAGAUAUGGCUUCAGAAGAGCAGAAGUCAUAUGAACUACUUCUGUAAUACUUGCAUGCUUUUUUGUUUAUAUUUAGAGCUUGACAUCAUCAGUCCCUAUUCACUUUCACUGUAUGACAAUAAGAAAAAUUAAAAUCACACGAGAGGGCGAGUAAAUGAUGACCGAUUGUUUGAUUUUUGGAUGCACUGUUCCUUUAAGAAAACAUCUGUAAUCUUUCACCCAUUCAUGAGGGAGAAGAGACUUGUGAUCGGUGUAACCAAUCAGUUUGCAGCACAAGUUGGGAGAUUGAGAAUGUAUUAUUUAUUGCUGAUUAGUUUAGAUUAGUAGCAUGAGAAAGUGAAUGUGAUGCUUGUUUACAAGAACUUUUGCUCAGGGCUUAUUUGCAGUAAAGUACAGAUGAGAGUGUUAUUACUGUCUGAGCCACGGACAUGUUACAAUACAUGGGCUGAACAAAAAUAGAGUGAUUUUUAUUUAACCAAGUUUUAACCAUCCGAGCUGAAAAGAUGCUCGUAACCUCACACCCGCAAAUGCAUGAUUGUACGACAGUUUAUUAUUGUAUGAACCAGUUUUGAAUAAAGCAGAUAAGAAUCAUCCCAAUAAAAACUUAGAUCAUUA